GUGUCAUUGGCAACGAUUUGAGCCAUUUCGCCAAGUCUCUAACCAUUGGCUCUUAGCACCGCGAGGACCCCAGCCAGGUAGCCUAAACCUCCCUACACGACUGAAAACAACUGUCAUAAUCUUCAUGGACUGAUUCCAGGUUUUGGUGUCACAACCACAAACACUUUUCCAACCCAAUCUAAUGUAAUCUAAUAUUGCUCGAUGAGGAAGGCUAUGGCUUGGUAAGUGCGUCGCGUGGCUUAACCAUGUCAGUCAACUUAACUUUACAAUCUGAUCGAUUGAUUUAACCUCCUUAUCUAAGGAACUACGCUUAAACUCAAUAUUGCUCAUAUUAUACUACACCACAGGAAAUGGAACUCAAGCAUUUAAGAUCAAAGACAAUUAGUCUUUUCGUAACUUCCACUUGUAAUAGCCAUUUCUUACAACCUUAAUGGAGGACGGAACGAGUUACUGCGCGGUACACGCAUCCCAUGAUCGAAAACCGGAUAUUACUUCUACGUCGGGGAUGACAAGUUGGCAAAUUCCAUAUCAACCUUGUGUAUUGACACUGAGAGUUCGUCAGUGACCACUUCAUUAGGGUUGAUACAACUCCACUGUCUUUAAACUGUGGGUCAGUGGAAAUCAGUCCCGCAGCAUCACCUUGUAUUUGACAGAAGCGAAUCGCAUGCCAAACAUCCGAAGAGUGCUGUUCAAGGUGUUCAGAAGACCUUAUUUUGUCAGCGUCUUCAUCUGGAAGGGAUAUAUCAUCUGCAUGCCUAUUCUAAGUCAACGAGGCUGUAGUGGCGACAAUUCAAUCUCUCAGUCGCUGAAGUCAGGGUCAGUUUCCUUAGUACACUUAUAAUAAAAUUAAGCAAAAAUGGGGAGAGGAAACAUCAUGACAGGCACCACUGGUUGUGUGAGUUAUAAUAGAGUACCUUGAUUGUCAUGAUCAACCUUUUCGGCAUUGCUUUCACAACCAAAGACUUUUGCAUCACCCUUUUGGGUCGGUGGAGUCGAAUACCGCCUUCAGAUGAAGGAAUAUGGCAAGUAUUUGAUACCAGUAAGUAUACCUCAAUUCCAGAAUCUGUUCAAGGGCGAAGAUGCAAUAGAAGCACUUUAUUGACUUAAAAAUACGGAUGUUGUUCGAUGUGCUGUAGAUUUCCACGCUGAUUUUAGGCUGGUAAACUUCUGCUUUGUUUUCCCGAUCAUAACCGGCUUUGCCUUCCUCAUCCGUGCUACUUGUAGUUGAAAAUAUUAUAUCCAGUUAAGUGAAAAAGUUGAUUUCCUUUAGAUUCUUAUUGUCGAUGCUGCUUGUUGUUGGUGAGAUAUGUCUAUCCUCUCUGUUGUCUCUGUGUUCACCUGAAGUUUUGUCUUCACUGCCUCCUCAGUCAACUUGUUGGAUUUCACUUGUAAAUCUUCGAGUUUGUGAGACAUUGGAUAUAAUUCACCUUCAAAAUAUAGAUCUAAAGUUCUUUUGCCAGUACAACGUAUGUCUGUCUUCUCAGUUUCCACGGUCCUCCGCAUGAUUCAGUCUACGGCAAACAGAAAGACCAUCGCUGAUAGUAACCAGCUGUGUAUUACUCCUCUCCACUUCAAACGCUUUGGGAAACUUACCGUCGCAAAUUACUUCACAUACAACAUAUAACGGUCGAAUGAAGCUUUUAAAUGUGUCACACUCUACUACGCAGUGUUAAGGCAGUUUCCAACUUACUUCGCGGUGGACUUAUCGAAGUUGAGGGAUAAAAUUAUUUCCCAAAUUUAGGAUCUAUUCAAUGAUGAGUGUUGCAACUUGAUUUACGUAUGACUUAGUUUUCCUAAUAAUUAUUACAUCCAGGGCAUCUUUUAGUCAUCCUAGGUUGAUGUGUCCUAAUAUUUCAAUCACGGUUGGCAGAGACAUGAUUCCACAGCAGUCCUUGUAUAAACCUAAGUCACCUAUCUUUGGUAGUUUGGUAAGGUGACUUUUAUUUCAACCUAUGGUAUCCUUUUCUUGCUUCAACACUUGCAGAAGAGGCGUGAUGACAUCCUUUGAGAUAUUUGGAUCUUUUUUCAGUGCUUCCCAGAGAAUUCUAUUUGGUCUUGUCGCCUUAUCGGCUUUCAGUAACUUUAUGACCUUCAAGAUUUCUUUUGUGGGAGGGUUGGUGUUCACUAACAGUUCAGUGUCUACUAAUGGUAUUUCUGGAUUAUCCGUAUAUGGUCAAUUUAACCCUGAAGGUUUCAUCGAAAGAUAUCUAAGUUGACUGUCUUCUCGAAGUCUUUUAUCCACCUGCAUCAUCCAUCCUCGAAUUUAGAAAUCUUCCUGAUUCCAGCGUAGAACAAGUCAGUUUUUCUCGUGCUUUUAAGUUUCAAUUGUGAUAGGAUUGUAUUUUAGGGGUGGGUUUGUCAGCCUCACGCCCAAGAACAAAGAGCUACAUCGCUCCUGAAAGUUCAAAGCCCAAGCUGAAAGCCCUGUGUUCCACUCGAAACGCAAGCCAGUAAAAGAAAUAUUUCAGAGAAAAUAACUUAUGAAGUACUAAUUUGGUAAGGGAUUAACUAUCAUUUAUUUAUCCACAGAUUAUAUUGCAUUCGUUUGAUAUUUAUAAGCCUGAUAACCGUUAGUUUGUAUUUGAAGUGAGUUUGUUGAGAUUGCCUAAAGGUUCUGAUUUUGAAUAUUUUAUUAAGUAUACGGAGCUUGCCUACACUGUUAUUAUAAAUUCGACCGUUGCAGCUUUUAUACUCCAUUAUUUAUCAAGGAGGUUGAUCAGUUGUACGAAGCUUCAUAAAAUCCAUAAUGUUCACCUAAAGGAUGCUUUUUUCACUUAACAGGGGAAGAUUUCUGGGUGAAAUCAACCAUAAAUACAGAACUAAAGCAACUAAUGACAGUUUUGUCAAGGCACGCGAAAAUCUAGUUAAAGAAGUGGAAAACACUCGUCAACAAAAGUUAGAAGUUUUAGAUUAUCAGUUGAAAGUGGCUUCUUCACUUAAGGAUAAACGUAAUACAAAAACUGAAAGAAAUCUUCAGAGGAAUUCAGUUUCCAAACCUGCGUUGAAGAAGUUGAAAGUGUCAGAAACCAGAAAUGUAACCAGGACGCCUGCCACUCGAUCAAAAAUUCCUCGUAAGUUGGAUGUAACUGCUAAAACGGCUAAUAGAGGCAGUCAAAAAUUAUCUGGCAUUACAUCUCCCUCGACUCCGAAAUCUCCGGUGAAACGAGCAAAGACUCGUGUUGAACCAACUGAAGAAAAGGCAACUACUGAAAAAGAUCCUUUGAAAGAAAUUGAAGCAGUUAUUCACAGGAAGUGUAUAUCAGCCAUACGAAAAAGACAAAAAUUGGAACAACGUCUUUGCAAAGCUUAUAAAAAAAUUGAUGAGAAGAAAAGAGCUAAAGAAAUUGAAAAGAUUAAAGCUGAUUUAUGCGCAUUUGUGGAUGAAUUGUAUAAUGAUGAGUUACUACGAAAGUGGAUACCUGUUCCGCAACAAGUUAGUGUGACUAAUAUUCUACAAGCAAUAAGAUUUGCUUAUUGUUCAGAGGUAAUGUCACGUUGGAAACGUGAAGUAUUGCGUGGAGUAAUUUAUCUUGGAAUACCAUAUUUAAUGUUCACGCUUAGUGGUAUGCCUGCGUUAACAGAGUAUGUGCAUAAUUAUGUGAGAAAAGAUCGUCUUGAUAGAUCAGGGCUCUUGGUGUUUUGGAACCAUCAAGAAACUGCCAGAGUCGGAAUUCAAACGCCUACUGCUGAUGUGCACCAUGGAUGUGCAAUUCCAAUUUGACAACACUCUUUACCGCCAAAUAGAUGGUGUAGCUAUGGGCAGUUCACUUAGCCCUGUUUUAGCAGAUAUAUUCAUGUCCAACCUUGAAAGAACAAAGUUGAAGCAUGUCAUCGAUGAAACAACUUCCUACUGUCGUU